AUGGCGACUCGGGAGAGGUUUCCGCCUGCCAAAGAAGAGGCGGUGGCCGCGCGGGGUGGUGGCCGGUCGGGAAGACUCGUUUCCAUGGUGCCCAGCAAGUUCCGGGCCGGCGGCGGCGGCAGGCCCGGGCCCAGCACUGUUAACAACUGUGGGCUUCAUCUGGUUAUCCAAACCUCAUCAGUGGCAGAGAGAAAUAAACCAUUUGAAUUCAGGGUAAAUAAAGACCAGUCGUCUUUCCACAACAGACUCUUGCAACAUGAUCUGGAAAAAAACUAUUCAGGAAAACAAGGAGAUGGAAGAUUAUUGACCCCUUUGGUGCGUAAUAAGCAGGUGUAUGUCCCAGUAGCAGCCAAUUUGGCAGACCUUUCUGGUCUGGAAUUGAAACAAGGUGGAGGCUGUCUAUCAGCAUUUGGGGAUUCUUCUAUUCAUACUCCUACAAAAUCCAGAACCCGACAGGGCUGUCAUAGUGCCGGUCCAAAUAUUUCAGAGAACAUAAAUUUUGGGAGCAGUACAUCAAUCACAGCAUUUCCCAUUCUGCAUCGUGCUGCUGAUGAAAAAAUACUGAAUUCUGAUAGGCUGACCCUUGAAAGGCAAAAGCUGACAGUUUGUCCAGUUAUCGAUGGGGAAGAACAUCUUCGCCUGUUGAACUUCCAGCAUAACUUUAUAACUCGGAUCCAGAAUAUCUCUAAUCUGCAGCAUCUUGUUUUCUUAGAUUUAUAUGAUAAUCAGAUAGAGGAAAUAAGUGGGCUUUCAACUCUGAGGUCUCUACGUGUCCUCCUUUUGGGGAAGAACAGAAUAAAGAAAAUCUCAAAUCUGGAGAACUUGAAAAAUCUUGAUGUUUUGGAUCUUCAUGGAAAUCAGAUUGCUAAAAUAGAAAAUAUCAAUCAUUUGGGUGAACUCAGAGUGUUAAAUCUUGCCAGAAACCUUUUAAGCUAUGUAGAAAAUCUUAAUGGACUGGAUUCACUGACAGAACUUAACCUUCGUCAUAAUCAAAUCACCUCCAUGAAAGAUGUGGAUACUUUGCCCUGCCUCCAGCAUCUGUUUCUCAGCUUUAACAAUAUAUCAAGUUUUGACAACAUUCUGUGCCUUGCUGAUUCCUCAUCCCUGUCUGAUAUCACCCUUGAUGGCAAUCCGAUAGCUCAGGAGACAUGGUACAAGAACACUAUUCUCCAUCAUAUGAUGCAGCUCCGACAGUUAGAUAUGAAGAGAAUCACGGAAGAAGAAAGGCGCAUGGCAUCUGUUGCAGCAAGAAAAGAAGAAGAGAAGAAGCGUGAAAGCCACAAACAGACCUUGUUAAAGGAAAAGAAACGAUUGACAAUUGGCAACAUUGCUCGCCAAUGGGAGAUUCAGCAGAAUCGAGUUGCCCUUGUGACUUCUUCAAAUCAAGAUAAAAAAGACAGUGACUCCUGUCAGAUUAAUGGCAGUGCCGCAUAUGUAUUUCCUGAAGAAACCAGGUCUCUUGACACAAUACUGAGCAAUGCUGUACAAGGCUUAUCUGUCCUCGAUUCUCACUUAGUCGAAGUGGAAGGAGACACUCUUUACUUGUAUGGUUCUGGAGCUCUGGAAUCCCUCGAUCGAAACUGGAGCGUUCAGACAGCUGGAACUGUCAUCACAGUCUCCUUUAUGUUCAUAGAAUUUGAUGAAAUUGUUCAAGUGCUACCAAAACUGAAGAUCAGAUUUCCUAAUUCUGUGCACCUGAAGUUUAAGGAGACAAAUAUUGUUACGUUGCAGCAGUUUAAUGCAUUAGCACAGGUGCGUCGCAUUGAACAGUUGACAGUUGAUCCUCAGGGAAAUCCAGUUGUCAACUUUACUCUCUGGAAAUACUAUGUUCUGUUUAGACUGAACCAUUUUAAUCUGCAGAAGAUAAAUGGAACUGAGGUUACUCAGAAUGAUAUAGUAAUGGCUGAAAGGCUCUUUGGCAUUCUCGCACAUGUAGCAUCUUCUGAAUUGCCCCAGUAUCGCCUGCUUUCACUACUUGGAGAAUCCAGGAAGAAGCAAUUCUGUUAUAUGCUAGAGGCAAAGGGGAAGAAAUCUGGGAUUGUCAGUGAAGAAAGUAAUGACAGCAGAAGAGUUGGAGGAGAAAAUGCAAAUCAAGCUAUACUGAAUUAUACCACAAGGGAGUUUCAUACAGAAAAGCUUGAGGAAAUCAAGGAGAGAAAGAAAUUUUGCCAGACAUACAUACAAGACUUAGUGAAAGAAGCUGCUGAUAUCAAUAUGAAAAAUGAGUCUUUGCAGAAGCUGUGGCCUCAGAUGUUCAUUGAGCUUGUCAGGGAUGCGGUGAUAGAAAUACGUAAUAAAAAUUCCUACAUGAAACUCUGCCUACAGCGGAUCACUGAUCAAAAAUAG